CACGUGAUGUGUGACGUCGCUGCAGCUGCCACAGUGAAGAUGGUGUAGAAAAAUGGCCACUUUCUGGUCGAUGGGAGGGGGACGGACCGACUUUUGGGACGAAUCAUGACCUUUUCCGUGUCUUCAGACCGUCGGGAUGCAGUCCUGGAAGGCUAGGAGAAGACAACGUCAACUUCUGUACCCCAACAUCGUACCCCCGAGCUUUGAUUACGAAACGAUUUAGUUUUUUUUUCUUGUCCAGCUAGUCUGCUUGUGUUGGUCCGGAUUUGCUGAAGCAUAUAUAUUUUUUCCGAGAUCGGUGGUGAGAGAUUCUGACUCUUUGGACGAUCGUGACUUGGUCAAGGAUGGGAACUGAACAGAUUCAACGACAAGUUCACAGAGUGUUGCGUGACGUGAGGACUUUGUUGGGCGCGUAUCACUGGUUGUUUCUGGCCGGGUUGUUGUGCAGUGUGUGUCCCGCAGACGCCGUCUGUGGCGGCCGGACUGUGUUGAACGGGACAGAGGGUACAGUCUCGGACGGAGACGGGAAUUAUCCCGAAAAUACGCAUUGUGAAUGGCUCAUCAUAGCACCGCUGGAUAAGCCGUUCAUCACGCUGCACUUCUCAGCCAUGUACACAGAGUGCACCUAUGACUUCUUGUUUGUGCAUGAUGGAGACUCCUACAGUAGCCCUCUGCUGGGUACAUUUAGUGGGAACACCACCCCAGAACCCAUCAUUGCUAAAUCAGGAAAGAUGUUGAUAUACCUUUACAGCGACACUAACUAUGUACUAAGUGGGUUUGAGGCCAGGUACUAUGCAGAGCCCUGCCCAGCAAACUGCUCUUCUCAAGGGACGUGCAUUGCGGGACAGUGCCAAUGUGCUGCCCAGCUCUGGAAGGGGGAGGCCUGUCAGUUACAGUGGUGUCCAAACAACUGCCACAUUGACGAGGGCCACGGCCAUACCUGCGUCGCUGGUGCAUGUAGCUGUAAGGAGGGGUAUGUUGGAGAUGACUGCUCCCUGUCCACACGAGACAACGCAGGCCGGUCCACCUGGUACCAGCUGUCCCACAGCGGGACGGGACUCACCGCACGAGCCAGUCACGCCGGCGCCUACCACGCAGGGUCCGACAGCCUCUGGAUCUUUGGAGGAUAUACUCUCAAUAAUGUACUGGAUGAUCUGAUGAGAUACAACUUUGAAGAGAGUAGAUGGGAAAAUAUGACCACCACAACACCAAGACCAGCUGGCAGACACAGCCAUACAUUAACGACCGUUAACGACUCCCUGGUGCUGUUUGGAGGUGAGCUGGGGAACAGCAGGCUGGCCGGCGACCUCUGGUCGUACGACACGACCACGGACACGUGGCAGGAGCUGGCGGUCAACGACCCCAACAGACCCCCGGCGGUGGCAGGCCACGCCACGUCUCUCGUGGACAACAGAUACCUCUAUGUGUUCGGAGGUCGGCGCGACCAGAAGCACUUCACGUCGGACAUGUACAGGUUUGACCUGGUCCGCGGUGCCUGGGAGCCCGUGGAGACGCGGGGCGGGAAGCGGGAGAGCCGACAGCUGGUGGGACACUCCAUGGUCUUCCACCCCUCCUCACGCUCACUCGUCGUGUUCGGCGGAUUCCAACCCAACUAUGCAAAAUUCAGCAACCGUAUCAACACCACCCAUGCCUUCAACGUGGACAAGAACUACUGGACGGAGUGGGAGUACCUGCCCAACGCCGAGACGCCGGACGUACGGGCCUUCCACACCGCGGACGUCAUGGGCAACUACAUGGUUGUGUAUGGUGGGAACUCCCACCACCACCAUCAGAAUGAGAUCUGCUACGACUACAAGAUGUACUUCUACCACCUGGCCUGUCACAAGUGGGUCGGCAUAGAAGACCUGCGGGAAGACUUCCUCGGCACGGACACGUUCCAGACGCAGAGGGGACGCUUCUCCCACGCCUCCGCCAUACGCGACGGGAACAUCCUGCUGAUCGUGGGUGGCUACAGCGGGAACGUGGUCGGCGACCUUCUGGCAUUCAAAGUCCCGCCCACGGUGGCACAAAACGACUAUGUGUCAGCAAACCUAACGACAAUGGACGUGUGCUCAGAACACCCCAUUGCAAGUUCAUGUGUGGCUGACCCAGAAUGCCUUUUGGUGUAAGUGAGAGCAAUGACAGGUUCCGGGGCCUGUCUGUCACACCUGGAGGCUGAUAGUUGCAGCAGCCCCCAGCUGAGCUGCCCAGGUCUGUGUGAGGUGCUGAAGGACUGCCAGUCCUGCCUGGUGUGGGGGGGCAGCAGCCAGGGGGAGGGUGUGCAUGGUCUCAGGACCAACACCGCCUGCGCCUGGUGUGUGCAGGAGCAGCAGUGUCAGCGCAGGGACUACCCUACUGGCUUGUGUGGAGGGAUGGCCACUGCCAGUGGUGUGGAGGGGUGGUGGGGCAACUCCAGCAUGCUGACCAGUCUGGACCAGUGUCGCACACACGACCACCCACCAGGGCUCCACUGGAUCAAAUACCGCAACCCCAAGAACAGCCAACAGCCAGAUAAAGUGGAGAUUGUUCGUGACCACAUCCAGAAGAACUUCAUCUUCUCCAUGGUGACUCCACAAGAGAACCAGCUGGGAGGGAACUACACGGCAGAGUUCAAGGGCUUCAUCUACCCAAACUCUGUCUAUAGCGCGGGGAAGACCUAUAGCAUGUGGCUGAAGGGUUCCAACGCCUACUCUACAUUGUGGAUGAGUAAGACUGAGGAUCCAGCUGGAGCGGAAUCACUAGCGACCAUCAGUGGAGCUGAAAACAAGCAGAGUAAUGCCGUCCGUCCAGACGGCACGCCUCUGUUCCCGGACACGAGCCGCGGCACGAAGUACUACAUCAGGGAGCAGUCGGAGCUGGUCAUCAAGGCCAACCCACAGAACCAGCAGACUGCCACGGUCGGCAUCGAGUGGAACGGGGCAGGCAGCUCAUCCUCAACCAGACAUCUGCUGACCUCGGAGUUUCUCCAACCGUUCGGCUCCGACAACUGCAGUAACUACGGCAACUGCCUGGCGUGCAUGACAGACAACAGCUGUGGCUGGUGCCCCACCAGUGCGCGCUGCAUGUCCCGGGCUGCCGUCAACAGCAUGUCGGACCGCUGUAUGACCAGCUCCGGCGUCGAGCGCUAUCUCGUGCUGACACCGGACGAGUGCGUGAUGUGUGCAGACCACAUGGACUGUCAAACCUGCACAGAGAGUUCGCUGUGUGAGUGGUUAACAGAAGAGGCACGCUGCAUGAGGAGGGGCAGGUUUUCCAUCGCUGUGACCAGCCCUUCAAACUGCUCAGCCCCUUGUACAAGCCGUCACACCUGUGCAGACUGUGUGGGGACCCAGGGGGAGUGUGCCUGGUGUGAGGGGGUGGGGGCAUGCUUUGCCUUCUCCGCCUACAUCACACGCUACCCCUUUGCCCAGUGCUCCCAUUGGCUGGACAGCAAUGGAGACAAGUCGUGCCCUAACUGCUCCCUCCAUGCCACGUGUGACGAGUGCCUGGCUGACUUCAUGUGUGGCUGGUGUGGAAAUGUCGACAACCCCACCCUGGGGAGGUGUGUGGCAGGGGACUUCCAGGGUCCCAGUGGCCCCCAGCAGUGUGCUAACAUCGUGGCGUCCCACUACAACCUGUCUGUGUCUGACCCGGUGGGCUGGUCGUACGAACACUGUCCGGACGUGGAGGAGUGUCGUCUGGGCCUGGACAACUGCCACGCCAACGCCACCUGCACAAACACACCUGACUCCUUCAUCUGCACCUGCACACGCGGCUUCGAGGGGGACGGACAUGUCUCCUGUAACAAGACCUGCUACAAUGAGUGUGUACACGGCAGCUGUAGCGGCCCCCCAGACUACGGCUGUAUCUGUGACUUUGGUUGGACGUCCAACGUGACGCAGAUGGCGGUGACGGGGAGGGAGUGUGACGUGGACUGUGGCUGUAACUUCCACAGCACCUGUGUCAACGGAACAGGACUCUGCGACGAGUGUCAGCACUGGACUCAAGGGGACACGUGUGACGAGUGUUUGCCUGGCAGCUAUGGUGAUGCCACCUCGGCGCAGGGCUGCCAGGAGUGCCGGUGUAACGGGCACAGUAAUGCCACGUUAGGGGACUGUGACAUGGCGACCGGAGUCUGUUACUGUAUAGACAACACCCGCGGAGACCACUGUGAGGAGUGUGUGGGAGGGUUCUAUGGAGAUCCGAGAAACGGUGGCAAGUGUUACCACGAGUGUGACGGCAGGGUGGUCCUGACCAGUAUCGAGUCGUCCGGCCUGGGUUCCCACGCGGGGAAGGGCGUCACCAACAAGUCCCACGCCUACUGCCUGUGGGUCCUGUCUGUGUACGACAACAUCUACUCCCCCUCCCCCCUCCCCGCCGUCCCCACCGUUAGCUUCACUGUGGAGGACCUGCAGGCACUGUGCGGGAGAGACUAUGUGUACGUGUACGACGGCCUGCCUAGCCUGGCGGGUGGCACCGUGAACGGGCAGACGGCGGUGGGUUCAGGCGGGAUCCUACUGGGCGCCUUCUGCGGGAACGGAACCCAGGAGCCGAUGACUGUGGAGGCUAUAUCAGGAUUUGUCACCGUGUACUUUGAAGCCAACAUCACCCACGGGUCGCCCAGCCAGGGCUUCAAUGCCACCUUCGUGGUCCACAGCUGCCCGGAUGAGUGUACAGGGAACAUGGAGUGUCGGGGGCACCAGUGUGUGUGUAAAGAUGGCUACGGUGGCACUGUCUGCUCUGACCUGCUGUGCCCUAACAACUGCUCACAACAUGGACAGUGCAGUCAGAUAGAGGAAAGGUGCAUCUGCAGUGAAGGUUACACAGGACCAGACUGCAGUGAGAAGAUCCACCCGUACCAGGCCGUGUUCGAAACGCUGCGAAACCCUGUCCGUGAAGACGGCAGUAACGCCAGCAGGGACCCCAUCAUGAGGAUGGCACACAGCAUGGUGCUGGACGACCACAACGCGCUCUGGCUGUACGGCGGGAUAUCCGUUGCCUACGGCAUACUGGGGGACGUCUAUAGGUAUGACAUCGCGGGAAAGGCCUGGUCGCAUCAUGAGACCACGGUAGCGUCCGGCCAGACGGUCCCCACGGCCAGGUACUUCCACCGGGCGGUUCUGAAGCCGGGCGAGAACCACCUGCUGUACGUGUACGGAGGAGUCACCGCCACCGGGGAGGACAACGCCUUCAUCCUGCUGAACCUGGACACACUGGAGUGGGCAGAUCUGGAGGAUCCGCCAUGGCCCAGCAUAGCAGGCCACAGCAUGAGCCUGAGGGGGGAGGGGUCCUUCGUGCUGCUGGGUGGGUACUCUCCGCAACAUGGCUUCAAUCCUGACGUACGGGAGUACGACUUCCAAACAGCAACGUGGCACACAAGGAGCGCCGGCGGCACCCCUCCCACUGGUUUAUACGGCCACACUGCGGUGUACAACCCUGACUUCCAGUCGUUCUUCGUGCACGGUGGUUACCGGUUCUCUCUGGACCGUGUGGAGCCAGCGGCUGACCUGUACAUCCUUCACUACCCUGACUCUGGAAACCUGAGGUGGAGCAUCAUCUUCCCUGCUGACAGCAUCAGGCCUCUGCCAAGGUUCUUCCAUGCAGCAGUCCACUUGGGAGAGUCCAUGUUGGUCCUGGGGGGUAGAACAGACACCAUCUCCUUCACCAAUGACAUUCUGGUCUACAGAUAUGAGUGUAACACAUGGUUGGACCUGUCCACAAUUGAAAACUCUACAAUCGGAGAUGAGUUCCCUCCUGUGAUAGGCCUGGCUGCGGUUGCCCAUGACGACCAAAUCUACCUGACGGGUGGUUACGGAGGCACGACCUUCGGCACCCUGCAGGCCCUGACCUUACCCGACCCCUGCGAGUUCUACACCACCCAGGAACAGUGUCUGGCUAAGAACUGUUUCAGCUGUAAGCUGGUGUACCCAGUCAACAGCACCCGGCCUAACGUCACGUACUGCUACUCACAGGCCCAAGGGCCUCCUGACAGGUGCUACGACGCAGCUAACGGUGGCGUUACGCAGGAGACGGAUGGUUCCACCUGUAACCUGUCGGUCCUGUCGCCACAGUGUGGGAGCUUCCCGUCAUGUGUGGAAUGUCUGAGCAGCCAUCCACAGAGUCCAAACAACGUACAGACGUGUCAGUGGUGCACUAACUGUCCGGAGGGCGCAUGUAUCGCCAGCGGCGGGGACUGUAGCAACGAGAACAGCUGCCACGUGGUGCAGCGUGUGGUCAGCCAGGUAGAGAGCUGUCCCUCCAUGACCUGUGAGGCCUCCGACUGUGACAAGUGCAAGGCCUUCUCCACCUGCAUGUGGUCCAGACAGUUCAAACGUUCAGGUGAAACACGACGCGUCCUCAGCCCCACCCCGGCGUACGACUGGACCUGCUUCGCCACCAACCUCCUCACCGUCUCCCCCUAUGAAGUGGAGUCGGUGCCUCCGAUGGAAUGUCCCACGCCGUGCCACCAGCACACGACGUGCACAGACUGCCUGGAGAGUAAAGGGGCAGACGGAGGAUGGCAGGAGUGUGUAUGGAGCGACAGCCUGGGCCAGUGCAUGAGCCCGUCCUAUAUGCCAAUGCGCUGCACCAACGGCAUAUGUGGCCGCGUCAUCCAGCACUCGUCAGACUCCUGCAACAAGGCCUGCAUCAGCAACACCCAGUGUUCCACCUGCCUGGCCCACCUGCAGUGUGGCUGGUGCGCCGUGGACAGUCUGAAUGGCGAGGGCUUCUGUAUGGCCGGCGGGCUGAACGGCCCCAUCAACGACGGCAUCUGCCUACAGAACAACAUCACGCUGCCCACGGUGGACGCCGUACCGGAGGACAUCAGGAACCUGAGCGUCAGCAUCGGCAGGCACGCCUCCGGAACCUGGGCGUUCAGGCAGUGUCCGCCCGAGAACGAAUGUCUGAAUGGCCACUUCCACUGUGAGGAGAACGAACAGUGUAUCGACACCCCGCUGUCCUACACUUGUGAAUGUAAACCUGGCUACGAGAAAAAGGACGGAGUGUGCAAACCCGUGUGCAGGCAGGGCUGUGCAAACGGAACAUGCACCUUGCCGGAUGUCUGCGAGUGUUUCGGUUACGUUGGGGACAACUGCUCCGUGCCUUGUCGCUGCAAUGGCCACAGCAACUGUGCCAACGCCACUCACACAGACAUCUGUCUAGAGUGUGUCAACAACACACAGGGACGUCAGUGUGAGGAGUGUAAGCCUCUGUACGUGGGAGAUGCCAGGAACAACGGCUCCUGUAUCCCAUGUCUGGAGUUCUGCAACUACAACAGCCAUGUCUGUGUCAGCAGGAGCAUGUUUGAAGUGAUGGAGUUUGACCCGCUGUUAUUUUCGGGACGCAACAUGACCACAACAGGUGAGUUAGUGGUGAAGGGAAGUGACACAGACAGUGCCGUGUGUGUCAACUGUCAGAACUUCAGCGAUGGAGAGAGGUGUGAGAACUGCCUGGUGGGAUACUUUCCCCGGCCCCAAAGGGAUAGUCAUCGGACAGUUUGCACAAAGUGUCAGUGUAACGGCCAUGGCAGCAUCUGUGAACAGGAUGGAACCAAGUGUGACUGCCACAACAACACCGAGACAAAGUGUACCAAGAGUGAAGACUGUUGGCAACAACAGUGUGCACAGUGCAAGAAGGAGAUUUACCUUGGCACACCGGUUAAUGGAGCUCAGUGUUACAGGCAAAUGAGCGUCGACCAAAACUUCUGCUUAGACCCGGAGACCCAGACCAACUGUGAUUUCCGGCCCGGACCUCUACAUCAGUAUCGCUCGGUCUUCUUUGCGGUACAGCCCAAAUACACCAACGUCGACAUACGAUUAACCAUUGAUGUCACUCGAGGAAUGCUGGAUGUGUACAUGUCAUACAAUGAGCAAACAUUUGUUGUUGAGGUAAACAAAACCACCGGCGCACAUAUCGUCGUCAUCAACCAAAGCUACGACCGUGAGAGAUCUCAGGAACCCGGAGCACGCAAGAGACGCCAAGCAGCAGAAGGAGAAGAUGAGGAAGAAGAAAAUAUCCUGUAUGAAGUGGAAGCAGUCAACAUCAACACCUUUGUAACCAUCAACACUGCCCGGGCCUUCCUUAUCGUGCGGAACGUGAAAGACCGCCUGGUCAUCACGCUUCCUCACCUCAAACACGUUCUGAAAACCCAGCGAUUCUACAUUGCUUUGGUGGCCCUUCCACACAACAACAUCAACGAGACCUACGGAGUGCUGUUCUACCGACAAGACCAGACCCACAUUGACCUCUUCGUGUUCUUUUCCGUUUUCUUCUCCUGCUUCUUCCUGUUCUUGGCUCUCUGCUUCGUCAUAUGGAAGAUAAAGCAGUCGGUGGACUCCAGGAGAGCGAUGCUGCGAAGGCAGAUCGAGAUGCGAGAGAUGGCCUCCAGGCCCUCUGGCGCAGUGUUGGUGGUUAUCGACUCCGAAGACGACCCACUGACCCCGUUAGUUCCCAAUAAGGUCAGACUACCAAAACUGUCUCUGAAAGGAGGGCCACAUCAACCUCAGGGACACGCCGACGAUCCAUUCCACAGCUCUCCGCUGACGAUAGAACCCACCGACGACGGCAUGGCCGCAGUCGUCACCGUCUUUCAGCUGCCUGGAGGGCAUGUCGGCGCCGCUCGAGCUUGUCUAGCCUCUACUCUGGUCACAAUGAAAUACCCGUCAAAUUACGCCCAUGGGUCACAAACUGUACAGAGUAUGAAAAAGACUGCAACAAGACGAACAGGCACUGUUCCUGUGUGACGUUCUCCAUGUUUGUAACAAAGUAUAUGUAAUUAUCUGCACUUUGCUAAAUGAGAAAAAGACCUGGUCCUAGUACCAGACAUGUAUGCUUGAUAUGUAAAAGAAUCACUGUACAUAGUCCCUGGAAGGAUGCAUACAUAUAAAUAAUGUGCAAAUUAUAUUUUUGAAGUGUAGUUUGUAGACGUUGUGCUGCACAAUGUUUUAAUCGCCUGUCUCUGUCUGUCUCUACGCAACUUCUGAAAUAUGCAGGUUUUAAAGUACAUGGAGAAACAAAAGACAUGAAGAAGCUCGAGUGCAACUUUGAGACAGAAAUCAAAAUUUGCUUUACAUGUACAUUUGUAUAUGUUGGAGUGUAUACGAGUUUCACAAUGAAGUUUGGCACCUUUGAAUGUAUGUGCACAGUCUAUGUAGAUCAUUGGAAGUUCUUGGAAAUUUCCACAUGAAGCUGAAAGUCUAAAACCAAAAGUAUGACCAUAUCUUUAGUAAGUAGCUGCUUUGAGGAAAACCCUCUGUGUACAGUGAGUGACUUCUCUGAAUGGAGACUUUCCACUGGAUUUGCCAACUUACAGGGCCAUGCUUCAUGCCACUGUGCAUGUACAUAAGAGAUCUUGAAAAACUUGAAGUAGCCAAAUUUACAUAUUCUCUGCAAUAUUGUUGAUUUUUAAAAAUCAAAAACUUCUCAUGUCAUUGUGUGAGAGCUCAAGCCAUUUUAUUGUCCAUAAAAUUCUGUUGACAGGCAUUUGCAAUGCUGCUAUUUUCCUUUUUUUGUAGAGAGAGAGAGAGAGAAAGAGUUUGUUACUGGCCACGGGGUAGAAAAAAGGUUUUAGAUCUGUGGAGACUUUUUUGUUUUUAGACAUGUGUCUUUGUGCUUUUCAUUCCUUUGUGUUUGAUGUUGUAUAAAUGUACGGAUGAUUUUUAUGUAUAAUGUUCUCCACUGUGAUGUGGGGUCUGUAUACACUGGCUGCGAUGACGACAUAUGGCUAAUACAGAAUGAUGGUUCAUACUGUACACUUCUCUUGUUACUGUACAAUUUUGAGUUACCAGUAAGACAUGAUUAGACACUAUCAAAACCACCUGUCUCUGUAAAGCAAAGCUUGCUAUGGCCACCUCUGAUAUAAAGUUGUAACACAACCAUGCAAAAGCCCUUGUCGUUGUGUCUUUUCAAAUCACAUGUAAAAGGUCUAAAUCUCUUACAAAGAAAGUUCACAUGCUGCUGACCUCUACUGUAACACGGCUGGUAUCAGACAAAAUGUUUUUCUUUACUGCAAGAUAAGUAGAAAUGAGUCUACGAUGGAGUAGUUAAUAAGUGUAGAAUCAUGACUAUUUGUCACAAUUCUUGUACUUGUACAUGUAUUAGAUGACCACCAUUUGUAAUGGUUGAAUCAUAGCAAAGUAGUUUGCAAAAAUAGGCAGCUCAAUGUCCUUCUAGAAGCAGCUGCCUCCAUCCCAGAAACUGUGGUAGCUGUCUUAUUAAUAUAGUUAAAAUGACGAUUACCUUUGUUAAUCAUUGUUAAAACAUGUGAUUUAUACAUUUUGAUAGAAAGAUUCGGGACAACUGUCAAGUAGUUACUGACUCACCUUUGUAUGUAGACACAAUUUAUGGUAAUUUUGAGAUGAUUACGUACAUCUUUGUUUUAAGAACCUUUAAAAACCAGUGUACAGAACGUUGUAACAGCAAAUACAAGCUGAAAGCAUGAACACA